AUGGGACAUAUGUUUGGGUUUUGGUUAUGUAAUUCUAAUCCUUCUCCAUUACGUGAAUCACCCAAAAAUUUUACACGUGGAAAGGCAAAAAGUUCUAACGUUGAUACAUUAAGUCCUCAAACUAGAAAAGUUCUUAGAGGUUUGGGCUUUCUAAGUGUUGGUUUUGGUAUAAUAUUUACUGCUUACCUUGGAAGACCAUUUAACAGUGAUCGAGAAGAUCAGUUUAAAGAUUUAAAUAAAUUCAAAGCAUGGUAUACGCGAUUAUAUGAAAGAGUAAAAGACAUUACGCAUUUUUUUACAGAUCCUUCAUCUGAUAAAUUAUUACCAGAUAAAGAUACAAUACCAAAUCUUCCUCCAUUAACUUUAGUAAUCAAUUUAGAUCAAACUCUUAUUUAUUCUUCUUGGGAUAGAAAACAUGGUUGGAGAACUGCAAAAAGACCGGGUGUUGAUUAUUUUUUAUAUGUCGCUUCAAAUCUUUUUGAAGUUGUCAUAUUCACUUCGCAACCUUCUUAUGUUGCUGAACAAAUACUCACGAAACUUGAUCCACUUGGAAUGGUUCCAUUCAGACUUUUUAGAGAAUCGACGCGAUAUGUAGAAGGAAAGGUUAUAAAGGAUAUUUCAAAAUUAAAUAGAGAUUUAUCUAAAGUAAUAGUUAUGGAUUCUAAUCCUGAAGCCUAUGCUUUACAACCUGAUAAUGUGAUUUCUGUUCCUCCAUGGACAGAAGAUCCAAAUGACACUUACCUUGUUGACAUCAUUCCGUUUCUUGAAGGCAUUUCUAUAUUGUUAUCUGAUGUUCAGGAUAUUUAUCCAGUGAUAAAAGAAUUUAAAGGAAAGAACGUUCCAGAAUAUUAUCCAAUAUGGGAAGAGCAGUGGAAGAAGCAGCAUCAACUAGAGUGGGAAAGGGCUAAGCCAAGAAAAGAGGGUUUGGCAAGAUUUGUGUCAUUGAUUGGUGGUGGUGGUCAGGUGGAACAAGCUAUACCCCAAUAUCAACAAGCAUUACUUCAACGCCAGAUGGUUCAUAAUGAAUUAUUUGAGCAUUAUAAAUCAGUGAAAGAUAGAGGACCAGAAUUACAGCGUGCGAUAGAUGAUUAUGAGAAAAAACUUCAGGAAAGCAUGAAAGAACAAAAAAUUACGCAUUGGCAGUUAUUAACAAAGGGACCACCACAAAUUCCAUUUCCACAACCUGAUCCACAACCACCUCAAUCACGAUAA